AUCCAUUCUAUGAAACAACCUUACAAUACAAUAAAAUAACAUAGAAUCAUUCUCCAAUUGUUUCAUUUUUGUUUUUCAAGAUAACAAUUAACGACAACAAACAAUUGCUAGCUAAUAGUAGUAGACAUCAAUUACAGAAAACUCAUCUGUUGCCAGUUGUUGAAUUUCACCUCUUCAUAUUUUGCUAUGUUAUCUCAAUACCGACCAAGACGGCUCAACUUCCACAACAACACUUUCUUCUGUCCUUAACAAUGUCUCGAAGAUUACUUCAACUCCAAGAAACACCUCCUUCAUCUUCCUCCUCCUCCUCCUCCUCGCCCCCUGCGCGCCAUGUCUCGGGAGCUUUGUUAUUUUUACUUGGAGGGAUAGUAGUUCUCAUCAUAUUGCUCAUUCUUCUCUGUGUAUUCUGGAAGCGUUUUAAACGUGUCCCUCCAGAACUACCAGAGAAGAAAGCUUCGCCGCAAAGUCAGAGUCAGAAUCAUGGAUUCAUGGAGUUCAUCAGUGGAAACCUUAGGACUAUUAGCUACUUUGAUUUCCAGACACUGAGAAAGGCCACCAAGAAUUUCCAUCGUAGAAACCUUCUAGGAAGUGGCGGAUUUGGCCCGGUAUAUCAGGGAAAGUUGGUAGAUGGAAGACUAGUUGCUUGUAAGAAACUGUCUCUUGAUAAAUCUCAUCAAGGAGAAAGAGAAUUUCUAGCAGAAGUGAGAAUGAUCACAAGCAUCCAGCACAAAAACCUCGUUCGCCUUCUCGGCUGUUGCUCAGAUGGACCUCAAAGGAUACUUGUUUACGAAUACAUGAAGAACAGAAGUUUAGACCUCUUUGUUCAUGGGAAUACUGAUGAAUUUCUUACUUGGAGCACAAGAUUUCAAAUUAUUCUUGGAGUAGCGCGAGGGUUGCAAUACCUUCACGAGGAUUCGCAUGUGAGAAUUGUUCACCGCGAUAUCAAAGCAAGUAAUAUUCUUCUUGACGAAAAGUUUCAGCCGAGGAUUGGUGAUUUUGGACUAGCUAGAUUCUUUCCUGAAGACCAAGCUUACCUUAGCACUCAAUUCGCCGGAACAUUAGGCUAUACUGCUCCUGAAUAUGCAAUCAGAGGAGAGUUAUCUGAAAAGGCAGACAUAUAUAGUUUCGGAGUUCUCGUGCUUGAAAUAAUCAGCUGUAGAAAAAACACAGAUCUCACUUUACCCUCAGAAAUGCAGUACCUUCCUGAAUACGCAUGGAAACUUUAUGAGAAGUCAAUGGUGAUGGAUCUUAUAGAUCCAAAGCUGAGAGAAAAAGGAUAUGUAGAAAAGGAUGUUAUGCAAGCAUUUCAUGUGGCAUUUUUGUGUCUUCAGCCACAUCCAGAUUUGAGACCUGCAAUGUCACAGAUUGUAGCAUUGUUGACAUUUAAAAUUGAUAUGGUUACAACACCAAUGAGGCCGGCUUUUCUCGAUCGAAGGCGCGUAAUGGAUGAUGAGAAUCACUCUUGGGAAGUCAUAUCUGAGGUUUUACAAACUCCUGUAGCUAGUGAUUCUAUGUUGUAAUAAUGUAAAACACUAAUAUCUGAAGAUCACUGAUCCAAUUUUUAAUGUAACCUUAAAGAUAAGAGAAAGAAGUAAAAAUGUUUAAA